AUGGAAACUACACAACAUUCUCUACAAAGGCACAAACUUCCACCUGAUCCAUAUCUAGACGAAUUUGAAAGGAUCAAUGAGCAGGUGUACUUCUACACCCCAGAUAAAAGCGACGCGGGGAGCGAAAGCUCAGACCCAGCACAUCAGCCAGAUCUCCUCUUCAUCUGCUCAUGGAUGUACGCAUCAUCGAGAAAUGUGAAAAAGUACAUCUCUGGGUACAAGGAGCUAUUUCCCAACACCCCAAUUCUUCUGCAUAAGCAAGAUGGUUCUGACAUCUUUUGGAAUUCUUUCGCUACACAAAGAAAGAAUGUGCAACCUGUUUUGAAGCUCGUCAAAACUAUGGUGGAGAAAAAGAGUCCCGCAAAGCUACGAGUCCUCACUCACCUGUUUUCUAAUGGUGGCUCAUACACCGCCAGUUUCCUCACCAACAACUAUCUCAGGGAAACUGGAGAUCUGUUUCCUGUCUCCGCGCUUAUCCUAGACAGCACACCCUCGUUACCCAACCUCAAUCUCUCCCACGAGGCGGUGUCAGAGACGCUUCCCAAAUCAGGAGUUGUUCGAAUUCUCGGAUCUGGAGCCAUUUGGACGUAUCUCGUAGUCAGUGAGCUUAUUCGCGCUGCGCUUGGAUAUGAGAAUUUCAAUUAUUGGAUAAGGAGAAAACUCAACGAUCCAAAGGGCCCAUUUACACAAGGCACUAUCAAGCGACUUUAUAUAUACUCUCAAGCUGAUCGAUUGGUUCCCGCUGCUGAUGUCGAAGCACACGCAAAAGAAGCAAUCAAUGUCAUUGGAAAAGACCGUGUGCAGACCGAAGAUUUUGGAAGCAGUCGUCAUGUUGGUCAUGUGAUUGCUGAUCCAGAAAGAUAUUGGAAAAUCAUACAUGACUUGUGGCGAGAGACGGUGAAUGAGCAGUGA